ACCCUAAUCAGUUUGACUUUGACAUUUCCCGAAUUAUUAUCUAACCUCACUUGUGGGUUCGUAUCUAAUAUUACAAAAUCGAGAUGGCUUAUGACUUAAAACAAGAAGAUGAGGUGAAGGAGUACAUAGAAAACCUCGGUAUCGAAUACCGCUUCGGCUGCUAUAAGGAGAAAAAGCCGGAAGUAUGUCAUCUUUUGGGUGAUUAUCUGGAGGCAAUAAAGAAGGAUUUCGACAAGGCUGCGAAGGUGUUUAAAAGCAAUUGUUUGGAUUAUAAAUUUGGCAAAUCAUGUCUGAAGAUUGGGAACUAUACGUUGAUUGGUCGUGGGCGGGAGAAGGGUGACGCUGCUGAAGCGUUGAAGUACUUCGAGAAAGGAUGCGAAUAUAACGAGCCGGGAGCGUGCCUACACGCUGGUAUGCUUCUCACCGCCACUGGACCAGGAGUUAAUAUAACCAGAGAUGUCCCUAAAGGUUACAACUACCUCAAGAAAAGCUGUGACCAAAAUGAUCCGAUGGCCUGCCACUACUUAUCUGGAAUGUAUCUCACUGGAGUACCCAAGAACGUAGCAGAAUUCAACCCUCACAGACCAGAUAAAAACGCCAACAUUGAAUACCUCAUAAAGUCUGACAAAACUCAAGCAUUCAAUUUUGCUAAGAAAGCUUGUGAGCUCGGAAACAUGUAUGCUUGUGCGAAUGUCAGUAUGAUGUACAAAAGAGGUGACGGCGUGGAAAAGAAUCCGGAUGAAUCAAAGAAAUUCUUUGAAAUCGCACAAGCAUUACAGAAAGCUCAUGAAACAACCAAAGAGAUCAAGUUCCAACAAGGUUUAGAUGGCAAAUAGUGUAAAAAGGAAUCAGAAACUGCAUUUAUGUUAAAAGUUGUAUAGUGUUUACCUCUGUAGAUAAAUUCAAUGUACAAAUAAAUUAUUGUUACAUGACUGAA